AUGCUGAGAUCUGCCUUAGCUGCUGUUAAAAAUGCAGCUAUACAUCCAGAGAAAUACAGACAACUAAAUCCAGUUCAACUGUCACGUUUGAUGGGUCUACAGUUCAGAUGUUAUACAACGCAGACGACCCCUGACUCAAAUUCUUCCGAACAAACUACUAAUCAGCAAGAUCAGCAAGCAUCUGAUCCACAGAAGAGGGCUGAUGAACCGGCGAAGGAAUCGAAAGAAAGUGAACACGACCGUCUUUUAACAGAAAAGGAAGAGUUAUUGAAAGAUCUUCAGGUAUGUUAUAUAAGAUGUGAUAUUUGAUAUGGAUUUGCCAAUAUACAUGCAUGUUACAUCAUAAAAACUUUUAAAGCUUGAAUCGGUAAAAUAAAAUUGACUUUUCACUUUAAAUCUUAUUAUGGAAUUUUAAGAGUGAAGGAUGUUACUCUCUGAUAGUCCUUAGACCGAUUAAUUUCUUCGCAAUGAAAAGACUUCCUCAAAAGUGUUUCUUUGGGAAACCCCAACAUGGUCACCCAAAUCGAAGUAAACCUAGAAGAUGGGGGCGUAAGGGUUUGCGGUAUUGGGUUAUUUUUGGUGCGGUGCUGCGGUAAUUUUUAUUUCAAAGUACGGUAUUGCGGUUUUCAGAGUCCAAGCGGUGUGCGGUGAGUUUAAAUUUUAUGUCGCGGUAGUCGGUGAAAAAAUCGUUGUGUCUCGGUGAUCUGCUUCUUUUUCAUGACAAGAGGAUACAAAUCCUAAAAGGUCUCUCUAGCUAGCCUGCGUGACCCGCGUGUCUUCCUAUAGUGCACAGUCGGGUAUCGUAUAUUGCGCAAACAGUCCAGACAAAUCGUAUGGCUUGUAAUUUCAGUUAAUACUUGAUAUGAUUAACGACAUUAACUUUUUUAUCCAAUGAUACGUAAACAUGUCGCAUUAUUUAUGACCUCAUGGACCUUGUGGGAAUAGUCAGCUCGGUUAAUAACCUCCUUACCAAUCUUACCGCCACUUUCGUGCCAGCCGCGAAACAAUGGCGAGCUAUCCAGAGGGUCAACUGGGUGAUCAGUCAUAUAUGCCAGCAAAUAGUGAGGUCAGUGAGGUCGUUAUAAAUUGUGCAGUGUCGAAAGAUGAUCUAUGAAGAUGGUGUGGUCUAAAAAUUACUCCUCGUCCUUCUCGUUGUGCAUGCAAGAAUAUACGGAAUGUACAAGUAUUCGUGUGUGCUUAGCCUACGUAGCAUGGCAGCCCGGGGGAAUUUACAGUUAGCAAACGUACCAGAAUGUUUGUACUGUAGAUGAAAAGUAAAGUGUAGAUGAAAAGUAAAAUGAUCAAUUCAUAAGAAUAGAAAGUGACUAAGCUGGGAUCGCGAACAAUAAAUAUUUGUCCAAAAGUGACUAAGAUGGGGUCUAUAAUCAGUAUAAUUGGCCACAGAAUGAACUAUAAUGGGGUAGGGGCUCUGAGAGGCCAGCGACACAUACCCAGCAAAAAUUAACCCAAGUACCCCUGUUGUUUCAUUUAGGGACGGACCAUUAGAAAAGUUAGGGGGGGAGGGGAAUUUUCGAGCCCCAGGAAUUUUUUUUUGUUAUCAAAUUCCUUGUAUGAAUGUUUUUUAGGCCAUAGCAUGAAUAAUAAGUUUUCUAAUGGUCCGUCCCUUACGUAAACGUAUACAUAUAAUGAACAAAAUUAAAUGAGUGCGAUGAUCUUAUGUUUAUCGCACGCUUGACUUCGACGCAUCUUGACUUGGAAACACUGACAUAGAAGUAUUCACUUUCUAUUUGAACGGAGGAUUUGUAGUAUUGAAAAAGUCAACUUUUUCCCAUUAAUUUUUAACUGCAGUUUCAGUAUUUGGCUAAUUUUUGAUGCGGUAUUGCGGUAUUCUCGCGCUACCAUGUGCGGUAUUGCGGUAUUCGUACCCCCCUUACGCCCCCCUCCUAGAACUACAUACAUUGACACCAUCAAGGCUGACACUGGACUGGACAAUACCAAAGAGAUAAGAGAUGCAAUGCUUGAUCAGGUCGUGUGGAAAGAUUUUUUUAGGAGAGCUUGGGAUGAUUCUUGGCCUAAGUAAGUAAGUAAGUAAGUAAGUAGACGUGGUAUCAGUGGAUUGGAAACCGGUCAUUUCGAUACAAACUCACGCUUAAUACAUGUACUCUUCAUUCUAUAAGCCAACUAUGCGAACCGUUUAUAAGUCAAAUGAAUUGAUUUGUAUCAAAACAACCAGUACUGAGCGGAGGAUUUUAAGCAUGCAGUUUGAUUAUCCUCCUUCUGAUUGUCAUUAAUGAGGCCCUCUAGAGGGGUUUGGUGUGGUAUGUAUGUCCGUAGUAUGGUUGUUUCACAUGUUGAGGACCAGGCCAUAUCCCCAUCAGUAUUUACACCAUCUUUAUGUCGUUUGUCACCAUAUCAUCUGGUCUUACCUCGCUGUUUCAAGGCCAUGUCGCUUGUCGGAAUUUUACCCUAAAAGGGUCUCAUUAAUGGUGAUGGGGGUUUGGUAAAGAAAGCAGUCAUCAUAAAACACAGACUGUGGACAAAGUAUAGACCAAGCAGUUUAAACCGUGGCUUACCUUACAAGGAAGUUUUCCUUGACGAGGAAAAACUGGUUCAAGGAAAUCUUGUUUGUGCAAACAGGGCACAAGACUUGGACUUCAGAUCGUGUUUUAAAUAUGGGCUAUGCAGGGCUAAAAAAAAAUUUACAGGUUGCGUGUACAUAGAAAAUGUGGAUGAAGGUGUGUUAACACUGUCAGCAUUUUCUGUUAAAAUGUCUGUCAAGAGACCUCUCUGUGAAGAUUUCAUUUGUCAUUAUUGCUUUUGUCUUCGAGGCCUUUGGUGGCAAAGUUAUAUUGAGUGUACCUGUCUAUCAUAAUUUUUUAAGGAAAAUAAACCACUAAAUUUUAAACCACCCUGCAGCCUCACACAGGUAUAGAAAACUAGGUAUUUCCAUGGAAUAACCUUUGUUGAAGAACAUAACCUGGCAUUGUCAACUUCUUGAUUUGGCACUUCUUAGAUACAUGAUUGUCUUUUACUGAUUUUAACAGUGUAACAACAGUUACACAGUUAUUCUCCGGCUCAUUUAAGAGCCUGAGUAGUGCAUGAGGAUACAUGUAUUGCUGUUUUAGGUCUGUGCUGAGGUCAUCACUUUGUUCCUGUAUCCAUGCGCAAAAUGCUCCUUUUAGGGUGUAAAGAAGGUGUCAAACAAGUUUCAUCAGGGAGUACUAACCAUAAUAAUUAUGGGUGUUAAGUUAAUUUGCAGGCAUACACUCAAACAUUCAAUCCAUGUUCAUCCUUGACCUUGACCUUGAUCUAUUGUAAGAGACUACAGGAACAGUUCUCAAUGCCUAAUUAUAGUCUUAAAUAGCAAAACUGGACCAUUAUUUUUGGAAUUCAAGUGAUGCAAAGACAAGUUUAAGUUAUUUGAUAAAAGAUUACAAGUAGGGUAGCAUACACCUGUAGCCCCUUUAAAAAAAAAGAAAAAUAACCACAUAUACAUGUAGAUCAAUAUAAAACCAAACAUUGAAGUAUACCAGCUUGACUUAAUUUUUUGAAUGGAUGGGCAAGGAAGCUAAUAGGGUUUAUGGGUUUUCUGGAUUAAAAUAUUAUUCCUUGUUAAAAUCUUCAAAACUGAAGUGUGAAGUGCAUUAAGCCUCUUUUGUGGAUCAAUCAUUUCUCAACCUGGUUAUUUUAUGGGGGAACAUACACACAUUGGACUCCUGUCAGGCAUUUAGAGCCUCAACCCCUCCCCCCACCCCCCAGAAAAAAAUCAUUUGACCACUGAUUAACCAUUUGACAAGAACUUUGUCAGCGGUCAGAGUAAAAGCAUUUUUCACUUCAUGUAAUGCAGCAUAUUGUGUCAUUAUACCUUCUUCCUGUAGAGAAUUACAAUUUACAUUUACAGUGUACAUGUAUUCUUUCCCACCAAAUGUAUUAUUUAGGGUUGUGGCAUAGACAAGCAUAAAUUAGUUUGUGUAAUCAAAUGGUGAUGAGUAAAAUUAGGGAAUAAUUUCAUGUGCAUUUUCUCCAAAUCCUAAGAAUUUGGACAAAACACUUGUAAGUGAAAUUAUUUCCUAAUUUCACUAGCAUACCAUUUGAUUACCUAUUAAUAUCAUAGGUGACAAAUUAAGCGCACAAUCAUGGGUUUUUGACAUGUUUACCAGGAUUUAUCAUAUCGAUGGAGAACUCCACGCCUUGAAAAGAUUAAAGCUUAAAUUUUGGCUUAAGUUCAGAAUUUUCAGAAUUUUUCCAAAAAAAACCUGAUAGAAUUCUUCUUGACCUGUUCUUUCAUGUGUUAAGUUUUUUUAAGGUGGCUCCGUCACUAAUAUUGGAGCAUUUAGCUGUGACAAAUUUUCCGUCAUAACUUUUUCGUUUUUAGAGCGAUGGCUGCGAAACUUUGCAAAGAACAACAGAUAUCAUUGGGCAAUAGUACGAAAUAUUCCGAUUUCAUCGAUGGUAAAUAUUUCUUGAGAAAUUAGCGCCUAAAAGGACCCUAGUGUUCAAAGAAAAUCACGUCUAGUAAAAAAUUUUUUCUGAUAUUUUUUACUGAAAUUUCUGGUAUCGGCUUUCAUUGUCAUAAUAAAUAUGCUGGAGAAAUUUCAGAAAAAUCGUUGGCGCAGAAGUCCGUAACUAAAAGUCACUCAAAAUUCAGCUGUGUAAUUGUUUUGGAAUUUCAAAAAUAAGUUACUACUAGGUAGAAGGAGCCACCAGUUUGAAUUUUCGGGACAAGUAAAUUCAGUGUUUGCCAAAAAUGAAAACAAAAGCUGAUUGCCUAUCGUGCUAUUCUUUAAAAGAUACUUUUAGUUUUAGUAGCACUAUAAAUUGCUCCAAACCUUGCUCCGACGUCGAAUGACUUGUUCCUCGAGAUUUUUAAAAUAUCUCUUGGCAGUUUUGGUUCAAACUCCUACUACAUACAUUUUGUUGUAUUGCAAUGCAUCCUCAACGGCUUUUUCUGCUGAACAUUGCUUCCAUUUCAGGUAAAAGAUAUUGGGAUUGUAAGCUACCUUGUAGCGAAGCUCAGAUAGAACUGUCCAGCACCUUUGUUUAUAGUUACGGACUUCUGCUCCAACGAUUUUUCUGAAAUUCCUCUCGCAUAUUUAUUAUGUCAAUUAAAGCCGAUACCGGAAAUUUCAGCAAAAAAUAUCAGCAAAUUUUUUUACUAGACGCGAUUUUCUUUGAACAGAAGGGUCCUUUUAAGCCCUAAUUUAGCAAAAUAUAUUUACCAUCAAUGAAAUCGGAAUAUUUCGUACUAUUGCCGGAUGAUAUCUGCUGUUUCUCAGCCAUGGGGUUAAAAACGAAAAAGUUAUGACGAAAACUUCGUCACAGCUAAAGUUCCCCCGUAUUAAUUACGGAGCCACCUUAAAACGUCCUUCUUCAUUCACAUCAUCUUAAAACCUUGAUGCCAUCUUGGUUAUGAGACAUAUAGAACGUUGCCAUGUGAAAUAGUAAAUUAAUGCUGAAAUUUUGCACCACAAUUAAGGAGUAAUUUGUCACCUAUAAUAUUAGGCUUUAUGUUUCAUAAAAUUUUAGCAUUACAUUUAGCAACAAUUUCUUGAAAUCCAUUUUCUGCUUUGUAGGACAAGUACAAACGCUCUCUAGCUGACAAUGAGAACAUACUGACCCGCAGCAGGAAGCAAAUUGAUGAGGCUAAGUUGUUUGGAAUUCAGAGCUUCUCGAAGGAUUUGCUUGAAGUUGCAGAUAUUUUGGGAAAGGCAACAGAAACUGUACCAAAGGAUGAGGUUGAAAAGAAUACUACUUUGAAGAAUUUAUAUGAGGGACUUUUGAUGACAGAAGUACAAUUACAGAAGGUUUUCAAGAAGAAUGGUCUUGAGAAAAUCAACCCGAUAGAUGAGAAAUUUGAUCCUUACAGUCACGAAGCACUAUUUCAGGUUCCAUUUCCUGAUAAAAAGGCAGGUACUGUUGCUGUUGUGGAAAAAGUUGGGUACAAACUUCAUGGAAGGACACUGCGACCAGCACUUGUAGGUGUGGUCAAAGAAUAG